AUGGCCAUCUCUGUUCCCAACUCUUGUAGCCCGACGCGGCUGGCUUUUCUGGACGACAAAGGCGGAAAUCCGCCAAAGCAGAGUAUGUGGCACCGGUUGGGUUUGCGAAAAUUAUGGCAGGGCCGCGACGAUCAUCGAGACACGUCUGCCGGGGAGAGUCAAGAUGAGAUUUCUCCCCGUCCUUCUUCUGAUAACUCCCGCAAACAAGACAACCUGACACGUCGACUCUCGCGAAAAGUUGGCGUUCUACCACGGACCACUCCCUUUAAGCGACCGAGCUCCGAUCUCGAGCGACUGGCUCCUCGAGAACCCGAUCACCGCCGUGCCCUCUCCGCCGACCGUCGCCCCUUAAGUUCCCAGAGAAGCAGGUCUCCACCGCCAACCGUGGGCCCCAGACAGUCCGCGCCCGAGGUUCAGUGGCUCGGCCCGGCUUCCACAACCACGGUCGAUGACCCCCCGGAACCGGAAUCCGAAACGAACGAUGCUCCUGAGAUUAACGAUAUCUCCGAAAAUUCAAACCCCUACCUUGAAAUGACGGCGGAUAAUUUCGAUGCACCAGAGGAGGAGGAGGCGGAUGACCACACAAUCGAUCUGGAUAUGGAACUGGAACAACGGUGGAUUUUGAACCUGAGCAUGCACUUCCGAGAUGGGUCAGAGCGGGAGAAAUUCUUUGUGACCUACGCGGAGACACCGAACCGAUGGCGCCGAGUGACGAUUUCCUGCGAUUACCACGAUGCACCACCUUAUUCACUGGAGCGGGAACUGAAGGAACUGCGGUACCAGCGCGACAAAUGCGCACGGAUCUACGAAUCCAUUCGCGAGUCCCUUCUUGCGAUCCAAUUCUAUGAAGGUGUCACGAAUCUCAGGCUCGAGACGAGCGAUGGCCGUUUACACGUUCAUGUGACGGAGGACGUAAACGAAACAAUCCCAUACCCUCCCAUCUCCAGCGUCAGGCAUUUGGUCAACGCUCCUCUCAUCCCCGAAGACCUGUUGCAUUUCGAAUCUCAUUUAUCCGGCUUUGUUUACAAAAUAAAUCUGGACGGACGUUUCUAUAUCAAGAAGGAAAUACCUGGUCCCGACACCGUGGACGAGUUCCUCUACGAGAUUAACGCUUUGCAUGCGCUGAAAGACCGCCCAAGCGUGAUCCAGGUGGAAGGAAUUGUGAUCGAUGAUUGGCGAGGCGUCGUCAAGGGCUUGCUAAUUAGCUAUGCAGAAAAGGGCGCACUGGUUGACAUUCUGUACGAGCAACGCGGGAGAACGAGCUUUGCGCGACGCGAGCGAUGGGCAAAGCAGAUUGUCCAGGGCCUCUGUGAGAUCCACGAAUCGGGCUACGUGCAGGGCGACUUCACACUCGCGAACAUUGUGGUGGAUGCAGACGACAACGCCAAGAUCAUUGACAUCAACCGCAGAGGAUGCCCAGUGGGGUGGGAGCCCCCGGAAAUCGCCGCUAAGAUCGAGAGCAACCAGCGCAUCUCUAUGUACAUUGGCGUCAAAACUGAUCUCUUCCAACUGGGUAUGACGCUGUGGGCAUUAGCGAUGGAAGAAGACGAACCUGAACGACAACCGCGACCUCUUCGACUGGGUGAUGAUGUGAAGAUUCCAAACUAUUACCGACGGAUAGUGGAUAUUUGUUUAAGCCCAACUCCGCGACAUAGGCUCUCUGCGAAGGAUCUCUUCUCUAUGUUCCCCCAACUACCGGAAGCACGGGUAUCGACACCUGUCCAGUCACUGGAGACCAUUGCCAAUGAUUCUAGGCAUUUGCCAAUUAGCAACUGGGCUCACCCUCAGCCUUCUAGGCUUGGACUGACAUCGCCAGGGGGUAUGACACAGCAAGAUGAUCAUUAUUAUCCCCAAAAGGAGUUUGCGGGGAAUUCUUAUGGUGAUCUGCAACACCCCGUAUUCUCUGAAAACCACGACCUCGUCAAGCAAUCAACAAUAACUCUCGCAGAAUCCAAUGGAGACAUGGGAUUCCUAUCUAAGCCAUCUUCUUCCUCUACAUUGAAUCACCACGAACCUCACAACCCUAACGAGUACAUGGACUUGUCCAGCCAUUUCAAUGAUGACUCGUCACCCUACAUACCCUCUGGUAGUCAGAAAUCGGAAGCCACUCCAGUUUCUCAGACAAGGUCAAUGGGAAAUGGCUUCCACAACCACCCGGUGGAGCUACCAGCCCCCCCAAGUGAGCCUGUCUGUCUCGAAACUGCCCCCAUGAAUAAUCAGCAAGAGACACCUGAUGAGCGGAUCUAUAAUAAUUCCCAAGCUUUGCUUGGCUCUACAGUCACCGCGUCUCCACUCCCGCCCCCAGUCAGCACAUCUCUUGUUGAGUCGCAGAAACAGGAAGCUCUGAAUCGACCAAGCCCAAAGGCAGCCAAUGACGAGGGUGACCUUGAAACCUCAGCUUUGCCCAUCAACCCUACUUUGCGUGAAUCUGGUACAUCAAGUGGCCCUCCGGCCAUCCCAUCUUCAAUUAAGCAUACAAAGCAGGACAGUGUGGAUCAGCCAUGUGCAAAGGCCACCAAUGACAAGGAUGAUCUUGAAUCCUCAUCUUUGCCCCUCAGCCCUACUUUCCGUGCUUCUGGGAGUUUUGCCCCUCGAUCGGUGAAAGCUUUUCCUAUUGAGCCGCCAAAGCAGAAAUGUGCAGAUUUGUCCUGCGCAAACGUCGAAACCAACCCUAUAUUUACUGAGCCAUCGCCCUCAUCCUCAUGUCUGUCUCUCUCGGAACUACCUAUCAGCCCUACUUUCCGUUCUUCUGGAACCUCCAUCGGCCCUUUGCCUGUUAAACCGUCAAGGCAGGAUAACGUGGAUCAUACACGUGCAAAGGCUACCACCUAUAUCAAGCCCAUUUCCACAACACCAUCAGACGGAACAUCUUCCCAACCUCUCCCGACAUCACCUAUCAAUUCUACUCUAGCUCGCUCUGGGCCUUCGCCACUUCCGAGCGUCCCGCAAUCAGUGAAAUCAUCUCCUAUCCAGCCGCCAAAGCAGACUGAUCCGACUUCGCCAUUCGCAAACACCGAUAUUAAACCCAAGCGUACUGAGCCAUCGCCCUCAACAUCAAGUCUGGUCCAUUCGGAAUUGCCUAUCAGCCCAACCUUCCGUUCUUCAGAGACUUCCAUCAACACUCUGGGUGCCCCUUCAUCACAGGGCCCUUCCCCUAUUGAACCGCCGGAGCCGGAGCGUGCGAUUAUGCCACGCGAUAACGAAAUCACACCCACAUCUCCGUCAACACCGUCUCGAUUCUCUUCAAUGCACAUUUCGAGCCUUCGUCACACCGGGGCUUCCAUUGGCUCUCUGGGUACGCCAUUCGCAACAAGUCCAUCUGUCGUUGGAAUUGGACUGUUAAGGCGGCCUUGGGAAAAACCAUCUGCAAGUAACUCAGAUGUCAAAUCCACAUCGACAAUGUCAUCAGGGUCAGUCUCAUCCCUCGGAACCCCUCAGACUUCAAGGAAGCCAGAGAGCCCCAUUUCACCGCUCAAAACAUACCCCCUCGAAACCCAAAAGAAUGAACUUUUUGGCCAAUCCAAACCAAAGACGGCCGAUAUCAAACCUACACAAACAAAUCCACUGAACUCCAGCUCGAAUUUACUGGGUUCGAAGUUGCCCAUCAGUCCUGCUCAUACAGAUUCAAAGCCCAGUUCCACUUAUGCCGAGGUUGAUAUGGCACGAGCUGCUCAGGGCCCAUCUUCAAAUCAGGCCAAACCGCGCAUUUCGAGCCAGGCACGUUUUCCCUCGGAUUGA